AUGUCCUACCUAAAAGUUCCACUCGAACAUCCACAACCUAAUAAACAACCAAUUCGCCAAAGGAGAAAUCAAAGUAAGAAUGAAUUAUACCGACAGGAUAAUGAUUACAUAAGGCCACAUGUAUUGUGUGAGUUGGGAUGGUCUCACCUAAUAUAUGCCGAAAUUAUUUCGGUUACAA